AUGGUACCGAAAGUAGUUGAAUUAAAUAGUGAAUAUGCAACUAAUUGUAAGAACUGUAAUAAAACAUGUCAUUAUCCAUGUCAUGUUCCAUUUUUUAUUUCAGCACUUACAAUGAGAGGAUGUUCUUGCAUUGUUAAUGGGCGUUGUACCGUAUGUGGGUGUAGUUGUUCAGAACAUGUAAAUUCAACAUAUAGACAUGAUUUUAUAACAGAAACAAAAGAACAAACAGUAGAAGAAAUAUUUGAAAGAUAUAAUGAAGGUAAAAAAGGUAUAGCUAGUGCAGAAAAUGUGUUAAAAAGGUUAGAAGAUGAAUAUUAUGAAAUCCAAAUGGAUUGUUAUGAGAAACAAGAAAAAAUUAAAGAGUGUGUUAAUAUAUUGUCAUCAAUUACAUUAAAUGGUAAUUCAUUAAACGAUAAAGUUAAUAGUUCUAAUGAAUAUUUAGACUUAUUAAUUAAAAAAGAAAUAGAAGAAAAGAAACAUGGAUAUACAAAACGAAUAAAAGGAUAUGAAAAAUUAAAACAAGCAAAUGAAAUAAUAGACUAUAUUAUAAAAAAAUCACCUUCAAAAAAGAGUAAGGAAGAGAUAAAAGCAGAGUUUGAAAGAAGAAUGAAAGAAUUAGAAUAA